AUGAAGCCUACUGUAGAAAAUAUUACUAUAAAACCUAUUGAUACAAAUAGGAGCAAGUAUGACACAACCUUCUUGGAGAAAUACCUCGAGAAGCAUAAGAUUAACUUUAAUAAGAGGAAACUUCAACUAGAGAAGUCCCAGAAAAUAAAGCAGUCUUCGUUUGUUUCUAAUAUAACAACCCCAACAUGGAGGAGAGCAGGGAGUAUAACUCACCAUGAUUUGCAAGGUGGUUUUAUAAAUUCCCAAGGCAUCCUUAACAAGAAAGAUAAAUAAGAAGCUUGGUUCAAAGCUCACAGCGAGAUAUCGAUCAACUAUCAGGAAAAAUUAUCGCAGUUAUACAGAGGAUGAGCAUACAUCAUUCGACUUGAAGAAUAGGACCAGAGAUAAUUUGUCCCAACAAUAUCAGAAGUUUAAAAUAAGUUUGGCCAGAAGUACCAGAAAACAUCAUUUGCACAGCCAUAGCAAACCCAUUACUCCUAUUCAUAAGAAGAAAAAGAUUAUGAGUAAUAGAUCACAUGGACUCAGGACUGACCCUAGUUACGAUAAUAGCAUUCCACAAAUUGAACUCUCUCAGAAACUCAAGUCUUUAGAGGAAGAAGUAAAGAGGAAAAAGCGUGCUGUAUUGAAAGAACGACAAAUGAAUUCAAUGCUUAAGGAAGAGAAUAAGAAUCUUUCGAAGACAAACAAUGUCCUAACAAAGAAGGAGUUAUCCACUACUUCCUCCUCCUUCACGAUUAACGCUAGUGUUGCAGGGAACAUCUAUGAAAACUUUAUGAUUAAGGACCUGAAAUGUGACCUAGGAAGAAUUCAAGGUCAGAUAGAUGAGCAUAACGGAAAGAAUAAGUAUACACAGUCUGACAUUGAUGUGAUUAAGAAGGAUAACAAGGCAAUCAAGAGGACUAUCGAGGAAGUUAAGAAAUAUAAGGCAAUGCUUGACACCAAAGUCAACUAUAGCAAUAAUCGAGAAAAGAAUGCAGCAAGUAAUGAAUUCACUUCUAGAAAGAACAACACUGUUGGAGUCACCUUCUCAAGCGGAGGGAAGAUCGAAUCAAGCUCCAUUGGGUUCAUAGGAAGUCAAGAGCUGGUUCGGGUAGAAAAACUCUCAACAGCUCUUAGUUCAAUGUCCAAGGUUGAUAAUUUAAUGGAUACUUUUAUACAUUGAGUUGAUGAAAUGAAACGUAUUAUGAACAGGGAAUUGCAGAUCAAUAUUUAUCUUCUAGAUGAGUCACUAUAUCAUAAAAUUGUUGAAAAUAUUGAAAUCUCUAAAAUGAGAUUUCUCUCAAGAGGCGCAAUAGAUGCAAUGAACUAUCAUGUGUUCACUAAUAAUAGUUCUGCGAGGAUCAAACCUACAUUUGAGGACAUAGAAAGCAUCAAGUAUGGUUCUCGUAGUAACGAUGUUAUGGUCAUCCCCAUUGGGAGUUCUUACUCUGACAUCAUGAUGAUAGUUGAAUGUAAGCUUUCAAUAGAAGCUGAAAAACCUUCAAACAAGAUAAUCGAAUCUAAAAUGGAGAACUCUUCGGCUACCUCAGAAAUAGACGAGUUCAGUAAUAAUGAUAGCCACAACCAAUUGGGUAUGACUAUGAAGAGCAUUAGCAUUAUAAAAGGAGGAUUUAACAUUCUCGAUGAAUUCACUUUUAAAAUCUUGCUUGAAUUUGUGAAGAAAAGAAUUGAGAUAAUAACCUCCAAGAAAGAUGCGAUUUCAAGGAAGAAAACAGGGAAGAAUCUGAUCAACCUACUUGGAGGGAUAAUGAAAAUAUCUACCCUCACAAUGCUGAUAGGACACUGGAAGGAAGUCUUGCCUGAAUUUUUUGGAUUCAAGGACGUUGGAAUCUUAUUCUAUGACUCUAUCAAGGAUGACCUUUGCACAGCAGGAGAUGUCACCUCCGAAUUUGCAAAGAAGAUGGUUGGCUUAGACUCAGAGACUGUAAUAAGAUUCCCAAACACGAUUGGAGUGACUGGGCUAGCAUUCAAAUAACUCAAGUAUUAUUUCCAGGAAUGAUCAUAACCUGAAUCCUGUUGUUGACAACAUUAGCAACCAAGCCGAGGUUAAAAACUUCAUGAUCGGAGCAAUUCUUGGAGAUGAGGAUAAGAAAGCAGGAAUUCUCCAAUUUAUAAAUAAAAUUGGAGGUGAAGAUGUCAAGAACUAUGAUAUUCAGAGGUUUAAAGCAAUGAGACAUUUCUUAGGUAGUUGUGCUGAAAAUGUCACUCUUACCGCUGUUGCCAUAAACUUGAUAAUUAUGGUCAAAGGAAAAAUAGGAGGUGUAACCAAUUGACUUGAAAUAUGUGAUCAAAACCAGAGUGAGAAGAGUCGCAAGAUCGAUAAUCUUGAUAAGAAUGUGAGCAUGAUUAGAAAAAAGGCUGAAGAUGAGAUUAACCAUCAUAACAAGGCGAAGGAGAUGGUCCCUGAGCUCGAAUCUUUCUUGAAUUCAGUGAACAAUUUGCUUCCAAAUAAUAGGUUUUAA